AUGGCUUUCCGUCUACCUACACAUCUUCCGCAAAGGCAGCAGGCCUACACUGCUGCCCCUCAACCUUCCAGCUUGGAGAUCAGAUCUGCAGUUGCGAACCCUCAAAAUCCCUGUCAACAGCAUCACCACCACCAACAACAGCAGCAGGAACAGCAACAACAGGAACAGGAACAACAACAGCAUCAAGUUGAAGAGUCGACAGAAUGGGUCCUCUUUUCUCCAUCUCAAGCCGGCUCCACUACGGCCCGCACCCAUACCACCUCCACUGAAAAGACCCCCCGCACAGCUGGCCUGUCGCAAGUCAGCGAUUUUGGGUCACUGGACUCUCCACAAUCCCAAUCCGAAGAUGAUGAACUUGAUGAUGACCAGUUGGAAGAUGAUACCGCAGAGCUUGACAGCCUGGAUGAUGGUCUACAUGCCUUUCGUGAGCCUUCUGGAUACAGGAUGAUAUCUACUGAAGCAGCCCCUCAUGAUUCCGCCAUUCUCCCAACACAUGAUGGCCUGGGUAUGUUUGCCCCUUCGAGUCAAGAUGUACAGGAUCAGCUCUGGCAACAUGAACAACACAAUCCGCGACGAAGAAGAGAGGGAAAACAUAUAAGGCGGUCUAAUGAACAGAAACAACUGGAGACUAUGGAAGAAAUCCAGGCUCGUGAGAUUGAGUAUGACAGAUGGCGGCGGAUUGAGCAGUGGAGGACGGAACAGAGUCGAGCGUUGUUGCAGGAGUUUGAGAAAGAGACAAGGUGGAGAAGAAAUAGCCGGGCUGGUCACGCUGGUGAAAGGUUAGUGGCUCGACAGGCUUUUGGAAGCGGUACCUGGGAAAUCGAUCUGGAAACGAACGCCCGCGAACUUGGUGCUCAAGAAGCCCGAUCGAGCCAGGCUGGAGAGUUGCAGGACGAUGAUGGUGGUGCAGGUGCUGUUUCUGCUGACGAUGAGUCGUUCUGGAGGAGGAUCACACGGAAAGUAAUUCAGGACUUAAUCGGCAUCGACCACUCUUUGCUUUCGGUCAUCUUAGGGGAAUCACUUGUGCCGGAGCAAAGAGAGCAAGAUGGAAGGUCUACGCUAAACGAUUUCAGCGACACCACAUCAAAUCGCUUGCACGAGCCUUUGAAUAUGGGCGGGGUCAUGAACGCCGUGGAUGAUGUCCCACGAACUGGCGAUUAUUGGCAUGAAAGACUCCUGGAGCGUAUUGCUCGCGAGUUGGGCAUUUUGGUCCAUCAGUUAUGCGAACAUCCGGGUGCUUUCAGCACUUAUGUUCAUUCUUCUGCAUCUAUUUCAAAACAGUAUGCUGGCAUACCCAUUAUUUCCCCACCUCCUUCGACUACCAUAUCAUCUAUCCCCCCUCAAAGCUCGUCAAAUAACACAACAUCCAAUCCUGCGUCGACAUAUUCUCCCCAUUACGAAUUCGGCCCCACCCUCCAUGACGCAGUUACCUCUGCAUUUGAAAUUGGAGAAGAAGCACCCCUCUCUCCUUACAACCUCAAUACCCAGCCCGUGCCAUCAGCAGCCGCAGGCCAACUCCCCUCAAGCUGCGAAGCCAUCUCAGAAACCUCUCGCCUGGAGCGCGAGCGCGAGUACUGGGAACGCGAACUAGAUGUCAAAAUGGUCUUCCACUUUCUCCGCAACCGCUUCAUCAGAAAUAUUCCCUUCACAAGCGAUAACGAGAAAAACACAUCCUCACUCCGUCGCAGCUCUGCCACCGCUCUCUCAACUUUUCCGAUUGAUGAGCAGGACCCAUCACACCGCGCUGCCAUAAUUCGGCAACAUCAUCCCCUCGUCGCGCGCGCCCAUGCCCGUUCCCAAUCUCAAAGUCAACGGAGCAGAGCCCGGCAGCAAGCGCAAUGGUCCUCAACAUCUGUCUCUGGCUCUUCCGUGGCAGGACCCAUCAGUCCCCUCCUGCGCCAUCGCAUCCGCCACCCCAGCUCCAGUUGCACAAGCCAAAACGCUAGGAUGCCUGUGGUCUCGGGGAAGCGGACGAUGGCAGGUGGUAGCGGGUCGAGUCGACAUUACUGGGAUAUCGGGGGCAGUGUGGGAAGCGGAAGUGUGGUUGUUUCCGCGGUUGGGGGCACGGGGACUUGGGUGGAUGUUUAA